AUGGAGUGGGGUUUUUCGAACAUCUUGCCUUUACCAUACCGCGUACUUAUAGUUUCGGUUGUUGGACUUUGGGCAUGGGGUUUAAAUUUGCAAAUACUUUCAGCACAGUCACUAGAUGUAAAUCUUAUCCUUUCUUUUCAGGAUAAAAGAAAUACUCCUAUAUACAGAUCCAUAUAUACAUUAGCAAUAAUAAUAACUACUUUGAUUUCCUCUAAUUUAUUAAUCUUCUGGGAAGUAACUGGUGGAGAUCAGGUCAAGAAAGAACGACAUCGAUUUCUGAGAUGUCUAAGUCGAGUAAUAUUUUCGGGCUUAAAGCAAGAAGUUCAUUUUUCUGAUGUAAUACUUGCUGACAUUAUGACUAGUUAUGCUAAAGUAUUAGGCGAUUUAUAUGUUGCUGGAUGUAUUUUAUUAUUUUAUGAUGUUGAUCAAGGAGGUUUUUCUGAAAAUAAAGGUUACAGUUAUAUAAUAGCACCGUUAUUUACAAGACAAUGCAUGGCAAUUUAUUUGUCGCCUAAAACUACAAGUCGCACACAGUUAUUCAAUGCGCUCAAAUACGCUUCAGCAUUUCCCGUGAUAUUUUUUUCAGCCUUACAAAAAUGGUAUAGGUAUGAAGUCGCUACAGAAUCAUCUUUUGUAUUGGUUGCACCACCAUUAUUGUCUAAAUUAUGGAUUAUAUCUGUUGCAUUCAAUUCUUUCUACUCAUUUUAUUGGGACGUUGCAAAAGAUUGGAAACUUGACUUUUUUAAGCCUGGAUUAAAACUCCGACCUGUAUUACGCUUUAAGGAGCCAGCUAUAUACUAUCUUGCAAUAUUCAUAGAUUUUAUUUUAAGAUUCACGUGGUCUGUAAAAUUAUCAUCUCACUUGCAUAUAAUUCAUCAAUUGGAAGGUGGUGUGUUUUUAAUGGAGGUUUUGGAAGUUACACGUCGUUGGUUGUGGAUAUUUUUUAGAAUGGAAAGUGAAUGGAUUGAGAAAUAUGACGCUAAAGGAUAUGGACAUAUUGAAAAUGCAAAGACUAGUACCUUGUUUGUGAACGAUCAAUUUUAG